ACUUCCCCCUGUGACCAAGAUGGCGUCUCUCAGAAAGCAGUGUUAGCAGAGGGUCUUUGUUGCGUUAGAAAGAGGUAAAAUGUGUAAAGUCCAGAUGCUGAGAGCGUUGGUGGAGCAGCGACUAACUGCGGCUGCUGAAGAGAUAUUUGGGCUGUUUGAAAGAACGAUAGCAGAGUACGAGGAGGAACUUUGUCGUUCAAAAGAGGAGAACGAGCGACAACGGGAACUACUGGACGCUGUUUUCAACCCUCAGCUCCGGGUCCACAGAGCAGGUGUUGAGCAGCUGUUGGUGGUUAAAGAAGAGGUUCCCCCUGAGCAGCAGGAGUGUAUCUCCAGUGUGGACCAGCAGCAGCUAGAGUCCCCCCCACACAUUAAAGAGGAACAGGAGGAACUGUGGAGCAUUCAGGAGGGAGAGCAGCUUCAAGGGCUGAAGGAGGCUGAUAUCACCAAGUUCCCAUUCACUCCUGUCCUUGUGAUGAGUGAAGAUGAUGAAGAGGAAGAUGUUGAGCAGCUGUUGGUGGUUAAAGCGCAGAGCAGUCAGGAGGGAGAGCAGCUUCAAGGGCUGGAGGAGGCUGAUAUCACCAAGUUCCCAUUCACUCCUGUCCCUGUGAAGAGUGAAGAGGAUGAUGAGGAAGGUUUCGUUCCCCCUGAGCAGCAGGAGUAUAGCUCCAGUGUGGACCAGGAGGAGCCAGAGCCC